AUGGACGACACCACCUUCGAACCAUUCAAGGGCCAUACCGGCAACAUACUCACAGUCGCAUACUCGCCCGACGGAGCGUUCAUAGCUACUGGCUCAGCGGACAACACGAUACGGAUAUGGGAGGCGGAGACAGGCCGUCAAGUAGGGAAGCCGCUGGAAGGGCACAAGAAUUGGGUCCAUGCCAUCGCUUACUCUGCUGACGGUCAGCAUCUGGUUAGCGGCUCCUAUGACAAGACCAUUCGGGUGUGGGACGCGACUGCCCAUCAGACUGUCAUAGGGCCGCUUGUAGGCCACACGUACCCAAUUCUGGCCGUACAGUUCUCCCCUAACGGCACGCUUGUGGCAAGUGGCAGCCUCGACAAAUGUCUCAAGCUCUGGGAUGCAUCUACAGGAGACUGCAUUGCGACACUGAAGCAUCCCAGCUAUGGCCAUACCUGGGACAUACUCACAGUUGCAUACUCGCCCGACGGGGCGUUCAUAGCUACGGGCUCAAGGGACAAGACGAUACGGAUAUGGGAAGCGGAGACAGGUCGUCAAGUAGGGGAGCUAUUGAAAGGGCACACGCAACACGGCAAUGUCAUCGCUUACUCUCCUGACGGUCAGCGUCUGGUCAGCGGCUCCCAAGACGGAACCAUUCGAGUAUGGGACACGGCCACCCAUCAGAUGGUCAUGGGGCCGCUUGAGGGCCACACAGGAUUGGUUCUAUCUGUGCAGCUCUCCCCUGACGGCGCGCUAAUGGCAAGUGGCGACACGGACAACCUUCUCAAGCUUUGGGAUGCCUCUACAGGAACCUGCAUUGCGACACUGGAGCAUCCCGACUGCAUGAGAUCAGUUGCCUUCUCUCCCGAUAGCAAGCAUGUUGCGACUGCAUGUGAUGAUUGGGUCGUGCGCAUUUAUGAUGUCGGUCAACAACAGCUUGUUCGCGAGCUGACCGGACACCGAGGCUGGGUUCGAUGCGUUCAAUACUCUCCAGAUAGCUCCCUCAUCGCCAGUGCUUCGAAUGAUCAUACUAUCCGGCUUUGGGACGCCUCGACAGGCAACCUUGCCAAAGCACCUCUUCGCGGCCACAGACACUACGUCUCUGGCUUAUCAUUCUCUCGUGAUGGACAGCAGCUGGUCAGCUCAUCCGAGGACGAGUCCAUUCGAGUGUGGGAUGUCGCAUCUGGGGAAUGCCCUCUUUCUGGUCACGUCGGCUCUGUCCGGGCCGUCAAAUUCACUCCCGAUGAAACGCGCCUAGUCACAGGAGGAAGCGACAGAACUAUCCGUGUAUGGAGCGUGCAGUCGGGUGCUUCGCUGCACGUCAUUGAAGCACACAGUGAGACCGUUUGGGCGCUUAGCAUCUCCCCUGACGGAUCACGAAUAGCAAGUGGGGCCUAUGACAAGACUGUCCGCCUCUGGGAUACCAAGUCG